CCCUGGUCACAGCAGCUGUGCCCAUUCUGUCCCACAGGUUGUCCUCCAGUAGCCUGGACGCCUGCAGAGCUGUAAGGAAAACCUACCCGGAUCCCCUGAGUGACACCAAGACCCAGCAGCUGUCAUGGGCUCCCCAGAGAGAAAAGACUUCGUGGACCAAGUGUUUGAGUACCUCCUGGACACAAGGAGCACAGAGGCCCUGCAGCUCCUGCUGACUGAAGAGGAAGCCAGGAAACAGCUUGUAGCAGAAGCUGAAGAGGAAAUUUCCUUGCAUGAAGGUUUUAGUGAGAUCUUUGCAAAUCCUGAUCUAGAAGAUGAAUAUGAUCUCCAAAAUGACCUGCAGAACAAGAAAAUAUUUUUGGAUGUUUAUCCUCAGAUGAAACUGGAGCUUGAGCAGCUCAUCAGGAAGCUCCACACCCUUGCAGACAAGAUUGACAAGGUGCACAGGGACUGCACCAUCACACAAGUGGUGGCCAGCUCCACCAGUGCUGUGUCUGGAGUCCUGACAAUCCUUGGCCUCGCUCUGGCACCUGUGACAGCAGGAGUCAGUCUGGGACUUUCAGCCAUAGGCUUGGGGCUGGGGGCAGCAGCGGCUGUGACGAGUGUUUCCACAAGCAUUGUGGAAAAGGUCAGCACAGUGUCAGCGGAAGCUGAAGCCAGGCAGCUGGUGCCAACCAACAAAGACACAGAGAAGGCCAUUAAAGAAAUUUGGGAGAAGAGCGCCCCCAGGCUUGUUUCUGUAUUUAGGAAUUCCUUUGAAAACCUGGAAGUCAUCAAGAAGAACAUUGAUGCCAUCAAGCUGGUCAAAGCCAGCCCUCGCCUAGUUAGUAAUGCCAAGCGUCUCAUGACAACAGGGACAGUGUCAGCCCGAAAAACAAGACAGGUGCAGAAAGCCUUUGGAGGCACUGCUCUGGCAAUGACCAAGGGAGCCCGGAUCAUGGGUGCAGCCACUGCAGGCCUCUUCCUUGUGAUGGAUAUGGUCAGCCUUGUGGAAGACUCAAAGCAUCUGCACGAGGGCGCGAAGGCAGAGUCUGCUGCAGAGCUGCGGAAGCAGGCUCAGGACCUGGAGCAGAAGUUGCAAGAACUCAUCCAGGUCCAUGACAUCCUGACUCAGUAAUCUCUCCUUAGUGCAGCUCAGAGGACCGAGGGUGGGAGAUGUCCUGGACAGAGCCAUGGACACAUGAUAGCUCCUGACUGUGUCCCCUUAACAGCAAUGGUGGUAGUGCCUGCUGGAGGGAGAGGCCACACUGAGAGAAUUGAAUCCAGAACACAGAUGGACAGGCUGUGACCUCCAACUUUAGGUCCAACAAUCUCCGACAUCCCACAUAAGGACCAAGCUCCCAGGCUGGGGAGCACAUCCAGGUCCUGACUAAGCCACAGCAUGGCUACUCCUCAGUCAUGCCCCCACACUGCUCCUAGCUGAGGCUCACCAUCCUCACAGGCCACCGAGCUGCCAACUUCCCACUGCUUUCUGGUUGUUUGCAUAGAGACUGUAUCCUCCUUCCUAUUUCACCCUAACUCUGUAUAUUACCAAAUAUUCCCACAUCUUGCAAUCAGACUCUGGAGGUGAACCCCAUUUCUUUGUUCAUAGUUUGGUCACAGGGAGGGUAGAAAGGAAAGAGUUCGUAGAACAUCAUCUGCGCAGUCACCACAGGUUCUUGUCCUACAUGGCAGCUGUGGAUGCUACGAAGAAGGAGAGGUGAUAAGAUACGGCUGGUGAGUUCUGCUCUCUGCUACCAGACUCAUGGGGAAAUCUCAAGGUUUAAUUCCUACUGAAGUUUAAAAUCUGCUGUAAUGGCAUGAGAUCUGCUGACAUGCACACGAAGGCUGUGCCUGAUCAAUAAUAUUUGAAGAAUAAAUUUGUAAACACUGA